GACACGCUCUUAAAAUGCGAAUGGGGGUUGUAGUUGCUAUUUUAUAACAAGUUUUUGUUCAUCCAGCUGCAAUUGCUGCCCUUUUCAUACUCAUACCUACGCACUUUCUUUGCUUCUUUCUUUCUUGGAUUGGCAUUUGCAGAAUCUCUGGUUCGCGCGCUCACCUUCCUAAUUCUCAUUUGCUCCCCGCCAUGAAAGUUCCUCUGGAAAACGACCAUUUCGCCGUCUCUAACCAGCUGAUUUCUUCUCUGCUUGACGAUAUUCCGGUCAUCAGCAAUUUCAAGGGCAAAUGGUCCUCGAUCAGAGCCAAGCUCUCCGAUCUUCGGACCCAACUGCUCGAUGUCUCCGAGUUUCCGAACUCGUCCUCCAAUCCCCUCUCUCUAGAUUUCCUUCAUUCUGUUUUCGAAGCUCUCAGUGAGGCGACUUCUCUCUCGCAGAGGUGCCGGAACCCGGAACUUUCCGGCGGCAAGCUCAAGACCCAGAGCGAUGUUGACUCCGUUCUCGCCAAGUUGGACUGCCUCCUCAGAGACGGUGAUGUGUUGAUUAGAAGUGAGAUUCUUCACGACGGUGCCGUUUCGAGCUCGUCGUCUAAAAGGGAGGCCGUGCGCGCCGAGUCGAGAAAUUUGAUCACGAGGUUGCAAAUUGGGAGCAUUGAAUCGAGGAUAUUUGCAAUUGACUCGCUGUUGCAGUUGCUGAAUGAGGAUGAUAAGAAUGUGACGAUUGCUGCGGCUCAAGGUGUUGUUCCUGUUCUUGUUCGUCUACUCGAUUCCAGCUCUUUGGAACUGAAGGAGAGGGCCGUUGCUGCUAUAUCUAUUGUUUCCAUGGUGGAUGGUGUUAAGCACGUACUGAUUGCUGAAGGUUUGCCGCUUUUAAAUCACUUGCUGAGGAUUCUCGAUUCCGGUAGCGGUUUUGCCAAAGAGAAGGCCUGUUUAACCCUCCAACCGCUGAGCAUUUCAAAAGAAAAUGCGAGGUCAAUUGGUUCUAGAGGAGGAAUUGCAUCUCUGUUAGAGAUUUGUGAGGCCGGUACUCCCGGUUCUCAAGCCUCUGCAGCUGCGGUUCUGAGAAAUCUUGCUUUGUUUAGUGAAAUUAAAGGGAAUUUCAUGGAAGAAAAUGGGGUUAUAGUUCUUUUGGGGCUUUUGGCCUCGGGAACUCCGUUGGCUCAAGAAAAUGCAAUUGGGUGUUUAUGUAAUUUAGUCGUUGACGAUGAUAACUUGAAGCUCUUGAUCGUUAGAGAAGGUGGGAUUGAGUUUUUGAGGAACUUCUGGGAUUCAGCUCCAUCGGUUCGCAGUCUCGAAGUGGCGGUGGAGCUUUUGAGGCUCUUGGCUUUGUACUCCCCGCUGGCCGAAGCUCUUAUUUCAGAUGGAUUUAUUGAUCGGCUUCUUCCAGUUUUGAGUUGCGGAGUAUUAGGUGUGAGAACUGCAGCGGCUCGAGCAGUUUACGAACUCGGAUUCUGCACGAAAACGAGAAAAGAAAUGGGGGAAGCUGGAUUCAUCACACCCUUGGUUAAUAUGUUAGAUGGUAAGUCUGUUGAUGAGAAAGAAGCAGCUGCCAAGGCAUUGUCUUCUCUACUACAAUAUACCGGUAACAGAAAAAUUUUCCAGAAAGAGGAGAGAGGGAUAGUAAGCGCAGUUCAGUUGUUAGACCCUUCAAUCACAAAUCUAGACAAGAAGUACCCUGUUUCAUUGUUAUCCUCAGUUGUGAUUUCAAGCAAGUGUAGGAAGCAGAUGGCUGCUGCUGAUGCUGGUUUGUACCUACAAAAGCUUGUUGAAAUGAAUGUAGAGGGGUCUAAGAAGCUGUUGGAAAGUCUUGUCCGUGGUAAAAUCUGGGGUGUCUUUCCUAGAUCUUAGCCGUGGAGGACAUUUCCAAAAGUCUGUUUAUUGUAUAGAAGCAGAAGCAUGAUUCAUGGAUCUGUAUGUACAAUAGAUGCCUGUAUAUUUUUAAUUAAGUCUUGAUUUUAGUUUACGUGUUAAUAACUUUUCUGUUCUGUGGUAGAAAAUGUCAAAUGCUGCACUAUGCCAGCUGAGUUUGAAGAUCACUUUUACAGACAUGAUCUAGGAUGAUUGAAUUGAAACUUAGAAGUUUUGAUACCCACCUGAAUUUUUUUUUCCUACAAUUCAACUGGUGGAGAAGGUAGCAUGGCCUGCUCUGAUUUGUAUUGGAAGCCGGAGACUUCUUUGUUAAUAAAUCCAAGUAUGUAUCUUUAAUUCUGCAAGGCUUUUGCAAUCCAUGAAUUCUGGAAGAUGAUCCUUUUCAAUUCUUCCAUAUAUUCUUCAAACAUAAAAUUAUUAAGGUAGGUUUCUGAUUGCCUUUUCAAUUGUUAAUUAUGUGAAUAUCUUAUUUAC